AGGCGGGGCUUCAGCAUGGCCACGCAGAAUUGCGAGAGUGGGAUUUGCUGAUAACGUGUGCGUUUGUAGUUUAACUUCAACUAGGAAACCAAAGCAGAAGGGAGUAAAUAGCAGGGCAUUAACCGGGCGGUAUAGGAAACCAAAGCAGAAGGGAGUAAACAGCAGGGCAUUAACCGGGCGGUAUAGCCACAUUAGUGUAGAAGAUGAGGAUGAUCAGAUGGAAGGGCUCUUUCGUGUGGGUGCUGCCUUGUGCCUUCGUCUUACUUGUCAGUUUACAGCCGAUUGUCUCCCAGCAUUGUGUGUGGUAUGGACAAUGUGAAUCGGUGCCAGAUAUGGAAGACAAGAAAUACAACUGCAAUUACACGGGGCCUCCUAUUCCACUUGCCAAGGAUGGAUAUGAUCUGGUGCAGGAAUUGUGUCCUGGUUUAUUCUAUGAUAAUGUCAGUCUCUGUUGUGAUGUUCAACAGCUUCAGACACUGAAAGGAAACCUACAGCUUCCCCUUCAGUUCCUUUCAAGGUGCCCCUCUUGCUUCUUCAAUCUAAUGAACCUUUUUUGCGAGCUGACAUGCAGCCCUCGACAGAGUGAAUUUAUGAAUGCAACUGCUUUCAAGCCUUAUUUUGAUCCAGUAGCUGAAGAAAAUAAAACCAGUAUCACUGCUGUAGAUUACUACAUUGGAGUUCACUUUGCUAAUGCCAUGUAUAAUGCUUGCAAGGAUGUUCAGGCUCCCUCCAGUAAUGAUAAAGCUGUAGGAUUACUGUGUGGAAAAGAUGCAAAGGACUGUAAUGCAACUAACUGGAUCCAGUAUUUGUGUAGCACAGGCAAUUCACAGACACCAUUUCCCAUCACUCCUAUAUUUUCAGAUAAUCCUGAUAAAGGAAUGAUUCCAAUGAAUAAUGCAACAAAAGGCUGUAAUGAGUCAGCAGAUGAUAUUACUGGACCUUGCAGCUGUCAAGACUGUUCAAUAGUUUGUGGUCCAAAGCCUGAACCACCUCCUCCCGAAAAGCCAUGGACCAUACUGGGGUUAGAUGCCAUGGUAGUUAUCAUGUGGAUCUCUUACAUGAUUUUCCUCUUGAUUUUCAUUGGCUCAGUCCUUGGAGCUUGGUGUUAUAGGAAAAGAUUGAUCAUGUCGGAGUAUGGGCCUAUUCUGGACACCAGUUCCUUUCAUUCUAUAAACAGGAUUAAUGAAGACCAAGGCCCGUCAGCAUGCUGCGAAACCAUUGGUGAACGAUAUGAGAACUAUUUACGCCUGUUGUUCUCUUCUUGGGGUUCUUUCUGCGUUCAGCAUCCACUCCCAAUUAUCCUGCUGACACUGAUGUUCAUUGCCAUUUGUUGUUCUGGUCUUGCUCAUAUGAAGAUAACCACUGACCCUGUUCAGCUGUGGUCAUCUCCCAGUAGUCAAGCCCGCAAAGAAAAGGACUACUUUGACUCCCACUUUGGACCUUUCUUCCGUACUGAACAACUUAUAAUUACUACACCACACAGAAAUUCCACAAAUUAUUCUCCUUACCCACAGGGAUCCAAUGUGCCAUUUGGACCUCCUUUAGCUAAAGACAUCCUCCACCAGGUACUGGACCUCCAGGAUGACAUUGAAAAUAUACAGGCCACCUAUGGAAAUGAGACAAUAAUGCUAAAGGAUAUAUGCCUGGCACCACUUUCUCCAUAUAACAAUAACUGCACCAUCUUAAGUGUCCUUAAUUACUUCCAAAAUAGCCGUUCAGUUUUGGAUCAUUCAAUUGGGGAUGAAUUUUAUGUCUAUGCAGAUUACCACACACAUUUUCUAUACUGUGUAAGGGCACCAGCUUCAUUGAACGAUACUUCAUUGCUUCGCGACCCAUGUCUGGGAACAUUUGGUGGACCAGUGUUUCCUUGGCUAGUGCUGGGAGGUUAUGAUGAUGAAAACUACAACAAUGCGACUGCUCUGGUGAUAACCUUUCCUGUGAACAAUUACCACAAUGACUCAGAAAAACUCAAUAGAGCUCUGGCAUGGGAGAAAGAAUUUAUUAUGUUUCUGAAAAACUACAGAAAUUCCAACUUGUCUAUUUCAUUCAGCUCCGAGAGGAGUAUUGAGGAUGAAAUAAACAGAGAAAGUAAUAGUGACAUACAUACUGUUGUUAUAAGCUAUGCUGUUAUGUUUGUGUAUAUAUCCUUGGCCUUGGGCCACAUCCAGAGCCUCCGUAGGCUGUUGGUGGAUUCAAAAAUAUCUCUGGGUAUUGCUGGUAUUCUCAUUGUAUUAAGUUCUGUGGCCUGUUCCAUUGGAAUCUUCAGCUAUGCAGGGAUUUCCCUCACCUUAAUUGUAAUUGAAGUUAUUCCAUUUUUGGUACUGGCAGUUGGAGUGGACAAUAUCUUUAUCAUUGUGCAGACCUAUCAGAGAGAUGAGCGUCUGAAUCAUGAAGAAUUACAUCAUCAGAUUGGCAGAGUCCUUGGUGAAGUGGCCCCAAGCAUGUUUUUGUCAUCUUUGUCUGAAACUGUUGCUUUUUUCCUAGGAGCAUUAUCAUCUAUGCCAGCUGUACGCACAUUCUCCCUCUUUGCUGGAAUGGCCGUCUUUAUAGAUUUUCUUCUUCAAAUUACAUGUUUUGUGAGCUUGCUUGGACUAGACAUUAGACGACAGGAGAGUAAUCGGUGGGAUAUGUUGUGCUGUGUGAAGCAGACGGAGAACAGUGAGCACAAAUCAGAUGGAGUUCUCUUCACAUUUUUUAAAACCCUAUAUGCACCAUUUAUAUUAAAGGAAUGGGUCCGUCCCAUUGUGGUGGCCUUUUUUAUUGGCAUUUUGUCAUUUAGCAUUGCAGUAGUUGACAAAGUGGAGAUCGGCUUGGAUCAGAAGAUUUCAAUGCCAGAUGAUUCCUACAUGGUAGACUAUUUUGAGUCUUUAGGAAAUUAUCUGCAUGCAGGUCCACCAGUUUAUUUUGUGGUGAAGGAAGGGCACGACUACAAAACUCAAGAGGGUCAGAAUAUGGUGUGUGGAGGAGUGGGUUGCAAUAACAACUCUCUGGUUCAACAGAUCUUUACAGCUGCUGAAAUCAGCAAUUACACGAGAAUUGGAUUUUCGCCAUCUUCGUGGAUUGAUGAUUAUUUUGACUGGGUUAAACCACAAUCUACUUGCUGCCGAUUCUACAACACGUCAGGAGAAUUUUGCAAUGCAUCCGUUGUAAACCCAACCUGUGUUCGUUGUCGUCCUCUAAAUGAAGAAGGUAAAAAGAGGCCACAAGGAGAAGACUUCAUGCAUUUCUUGCCAAUGUUUCUGUCAGAUAAUCCUAACCCGAAAUGUGGAAAAGGUGGUCAUGCGGCCUACAGCACUGCGAUUGACUUAAUCAAAAACAAAACAGAUGUUGGCGCCAGUUACUUCAUGACAUACCACACAGUGCUGAAUACAUCUAGCGAUUUUAUUGAUGCAAUGAGGAAAGCUCAUAUCUUGGCAGAAAAUAUCACAAAUGUAAUGGAAAAUGGGAACAACAGUUUAAGUGUCUUUCCAUACAGUGUGUUUUAUGUAUACUAUGAACAGUACAUGACCAUCGUGAAGGAUGCACUAUUCAAUCUUGGCUUGUCACUUGGUGCAAUUUUUGUGGUCACCUCUCUUCUCUUGGGAUUUGAGUUUUGGUCAGCAGUGCUAGUGAGCCUGACCAUCUGCAUGAUUAUUGUCAACAUGUUUGGAGUUAUGUGGUUGUGGAACAUCAGUCUCAACGCAGUAUCACUUGUCAAUCUUGUCAUGUGCUGUGGAAUCUCGGUUGAAUUUUGUAGCCAUAUUGUUCGAGCCUUUUCAGUGAGCACCAAAAAGAGCCGAGUAGAGCGGGCAGAGGAUGCACUGGCUCACAUGGGCAGCUCAGUGUUCAGUGGCAUCACGCUGACGAAAUUUGGUGGCAUUGUCGUCUUGGCUUUCUCCAAGUCCCAGAUCUUCCAGGUUUUCUACUUCAGAAUGUAUCUUGCCAUUGUACUCCUAGGUGCCGCUCACGGUUUGAUUUUUCUUCCUGUGCUGCUCAGUUAUAUAGGCCCCCCAGUAAACAAGGCAAAGAUGCAGUCAGCUAACAGAUCCUACCGAUCAACUGAAAAAGAGAGACUUCUGAACUUCUAGAAAUGUUGCCAGUUUUUUGUUCACUGGCACUGGCUUUGAAGGUCUACUGCAGCCACUACGGUGAUAAGUCAGUCACAUGUUCUGGGUACAGCAACAGUAGAGAAGCCACAGUGGAUCACAACGCCAUGUCUGUCAGACUCAGGAAAACAAAAAACAAACUUUUCCAGACCCUGUGACAAACAAUAACCGAGAGUGCUACUUGCCAAUUUUAUUUUGGUAUGACAAAACUUGUGUUAAAGAUGUGCAACCUUAAUGAAACAGCUUGCAUUCAUGGUGGGAUGGACUUCCUAUCAAGCUGCUGAUGAGAUGUGCAUAAACAUGAAUUUGUAUUUAAGUACAAUACAUCAUCAAUGCAAUUCUAUUUGCUGCUCCACUCUUAGUAUUUUUAUAGAAGAACUCAAAAGGCCAAGUUGGAUUAACGGAGGCAGAUGUUAUUUUUCUUAACGCUUGUACAAAAUGCUUAUUAUGUACAUAAACAAUUUUAUUAAGUGCAAGCAAAACAAACAAGGACAUGCUGUUUGAUAUCAGAAUAAAUUAAUUUUUGUACAGUGGAUUUUGUAAAUAACAACAAGGUCAGAGCUAACCAUCUACUGUGAGAUAGGCUUCAUGAGUGCUUGCUCCCCAAAAACUUGCUUGAAAUAGGCCAAGUGUUCCUCACAGUGUUCACCUACAAGAUGACAGAUUUAAAUUAGUUACAGUGUACAACUCUUAUUAACAAAAGUAACACAUCGACUCAAAGAACAUGCCACCAGAGUAGAAAUUGCUCAUUUUAAGCAAGACUGCUUUCCAUAAAAAUAUUAAUAAGGGCUUUAAGUGGUUAAAAAAAAAUGUUUUGUAUUCUGUAGGAACUCUUAAUUCUGCCCAAACUGAGCAAUUCAAAUGUCAAAGCAAUAAAAAAAGAUGAAAGGCAGAGCAGAGCACAGGCCCCCCAAACAACAGGCCAGGAUUUUCACAAAGACCUUUUUUUU